AAACACUCUGGCGACAAACGUUAGUAAUCUCGCUCAUAGACGUUUAAAAAAUAAAAUAAAAGCAAUCGUGCGUCGUUGAGUUGAGGGGGAGCGGAUGUUGUCGCGCGCAUGCGCUGUCCAACCUUAAAGAAAAUGGCGGCGCCCGUGGAUUUGGAGCUGAAGAAGGCCUUCUCGGAGCUGCAGGUGAAGAUGAUCGACACGCAGCAGAAGGUGAAGCUGGCCGACCUGCAGAUCGAGCAGCUGACGCACGUGCAGAAGCACGCCAAGCUCACGCACGCCGAGAUCAGCACGCUGGGCGACAGCACGCGCAUGUACGAGGGCGUCGGACGCAUGUUCAUCCUGCAGUCCAAGGACGACAUCGCGCAGCAGCUGAAGGUCAAGCAGAAGACGGCCGAGGAGAAAAUCAAAGAACUGGAGCAGAAGAAGGUGUACCUGGAACGCAGCGUCAAGGAGGCGGAGGACAACAUUCGGGAGAUGCUGCUGUCCAGGAGAGCUCAGUGAAAGCUUUUGGCCGCGUCCUGGUUUCAUUAAAGCGUUCAUUGUGUCACCGCC